AUGACGGACUUCAAGGGACACUGCCACUGCAAGCAGACAGAGUGGACUGCCACCCUGGAGAAGGACCAGCAGGCUCACAUCCUUUGCCAUUGCAACACCUGCAAGGAGCUCUCUGGCUCGACAUACACACUCAACCAGAUUAUCCCUCUCAAGGCUCUCAAGAUCACCAAGGGCGACGACCUUGGCAAAUACACGUACAAGGGUGACUCUGGAAAGAGCGUUCACUGCUUCUACUGCAAAAACUGCACCACACAUGUAUACCACCAGCAAGAAGUCCUAGGUCCCGAUAGCAUCGUACUAAGGACAGGAUUGUUGGACGAGGGUAUCAAAAACUUCCAGCCUGGAGCGGAAAUCUUUGGAAAAGAUCGACUCGGCUGGGAGAAGGAGGUUGCGCAGACUUUUGAGGUUAUGCCCCCAUCGUAG